AUGUCAUCGACUACCAAACCCACAAUCGUUCUCGUGCACGGCGCCUGGCAUGGCUCGUGGUGCUGGAGAUUCCAAAUCCCCGCACUAGAGGCUCUCGGCUACGCUGUGGAGGCCGUAGACCUGCCAUGUGUCAGUGGGGUAGUGGGUACGACGCAGUUCGAUGACGCGGCCCAUGUACGCUCCGUCGUGGAGUCGCAGACAUCUAUGGGUAAGCGCGUGGUCGUCCUAGCGCAUUCGUACGCAGGACCGAUUGCGAGCGCUGCCAUCAAGGGACUGUCGGAAAAAGGCGUGCUGGGGAUGGUCGCUCUAUGUGCCUAUAUCUUCCCUGGUGGCAUGGACCAAGGCGCGGCCAUUCGCGACAUUGGCGACCUGCCCUAUGUGACGUGGAACAUGCCGACUGAAGGUCUUUUCCAGACAAAAGACCCCCGCAGCUUGUUUUUCCCUCCAGAUGUGCCGGAGGAUCGAGUCGACUGGGCAGUUUCGCAGCUUCGUCCUCAGAGCAUGGCUGCCAAUAUGGGCAUCGUGCCCCCUCAAGCCUGGCAGGAUGACGCUUAUAUUGGGAGGUUGGGGUAUAUUCGGUGCACAGCUGAUGUCGUCAUUUCAAUCGAACAGCAGGACGGCAUGGUUCUGGGCGCGGGUGGUCAGGAAAAAUGGGUAGUUCGCACUCUCGAAGGAUCUGGCCAUAGUCCCUUCCUUUCGCGACCACAUGAAGUAGCCACUGCAUUUGAUGAGAUUGUCAAUGCUUUUGAAACCAAGGUCUGA